AUGGAUAGCCUGCUCAGUUUAUUCCGUCCCACGCCACAGGCCCCAUCUGAUAGCGCACGUUUCGUAAGUCCGGUGCAACGUCCAACGCACUUGUGCGGUCCGCGAACCAUAUACAAUAGCGUCAAAGAUCUCAGGAAACGUGUCGACUUCUACGAAGAAAUCACCAUAUUCGCUUGGCCAUCACGCGGAGGUGUGGUCGUACUCGAGAGGCCCUGUCCAGCAGAUUUCGACUUUCUCGGCCUCGACCGUCUCGAUCCACCGAAGAAGCGUCACCCCACUCGACAAGAGGAAGACGACUUUGCUCAGCGAUUACUAUUGCUCGGCGGGAAGUGGUGGGAUUCUCCCGCUAGACACUCCCUGUUUACUCAACCCGACCACUUGCAAGAUGAGGACGAAAUGGCUGCUCUCCCUGAGCCGACGGCGAGGGAAAACGCGUGGGUUGGUGUCGCAUGGCCUAGUUCGGGCGGACUGGUCGUAGCUGAGUGGCCGACCAUGAUGUACCCCGGUGGACGCAUGGACGACGUCGCUCCAGACGAUGUGUCGAGGUUGUUCCUAUGUGUGACAAUGGACGAGAAGGCUGCAGUGCUGAUGGACAGCAAACUUGGAGGGAAGUGGUGGAAAGGAUUGGAGGAUUACGAGGGCAAAGCUUUCAUUGGCAGUUGGGAAACCCAUCGAGGCGAAGUUGGCGAACUUCAACAAACAUGGCCAAACGAUGGAGAGAGUCGGAAUCUUGGCGGUAAAGCCCUGCCUGGUUCGUCUGCUCUGGAGCCCUCUGAAGUGCUCUCGAACAGUCAUGAGUCAGCAGGAGCGCUUGUUUGA